UUAACUUUUCAACGCCAGCAAGUGUAUCAUUUGUGAAGAGCAUUGUGCUAAAAGUUUGAGUACAAACUAAAAUAUUUUACAAAAAGAAAUAAUAUAUACAAAUAAAUAAUAUAAAAUGGGUGGCCACAACGAUCAAAACGGAAACUCCAAUGGCCAGCACGAUGAUGAUUCUAUCACCGAGCCUGAGCACAUGCGUAAAUUGUUCAUUGGUGGUCUGGAUUAUCGCACCACUGACGACAAUUUAAAAGCGCAUUUUGAGAAAUGGGGCCAAAUUGUCGAUGUAGUCGUCAUGAAGGACCCGCGCACAAAGCGCUCUCGCGGCUUCGGUUUUAUCACCUACUCGCAUUCGAGCAUGGUAGACGAAGCACAAAAAGCGCGUCCUCACAAGAUCGAUGGCCGCGUUGUAGAACCCAAGCGCGCGGUGCCACGCCAAGAUAUUGACUCUCCAAAUGCGGGCGCAACGGUCAAGAAACUGUUUGUUGGCGCACUGAAGGACGAUCAUGAUGAGGAAAGUCUGCGUGAAUAUUUCCAGCACUUUGGCAGUAUUGUUGAUAUUAACAUUGUCAUGGACAAGGAAACUGGCAAAAAGCGUGGAUUCGCCUUUGUCGAAUUUGAUGACUACGAUCCCGUAGACAAAGUUGUGUUGCAAAAACAGCAUCAGCUUAAUGGAAAAAUGGUGGACGUAAAGAAAGCAUUGCCUAAGCAGAAUGAAAUGGGAGGCGGCGGCGGUGGUGGACGUGGUCAGGGAGGUCGCGGUGGUGGCGGCAAUCGGGGUGGCAACAUGGGAGGUAAUAUGGGUGGGGGUGGAAACUUUGGCAACCAGAACGGCGGAAACUGGGGAAAUCGCGGCGGUAAUGACAAUUGGGGUAAUAGCAACUUUGGCGGCGGCUACGGAGGUGGCGGCAACAACUGCUGGGGCGGCAAUAACGGACCGUGGGACAACAAUUGGGGCAACAAUGGUGGCGGUAACUUUGGCAGUGGCGGCGGCGGUGGCAACGGCAACUGGGGCAAUAAUGGUGGCAAUGACUUUGGCAACUAUCAGCAGGGUUACAGCGGGGGUCCACAACGUGGCGGCAACUUUGGCAAUAAUCGCAUGCAGCCCUACCAAGGUGGCGGCAACUUUGGCAACAAAGCAGCAGGUCCAUGCUAACCGAGGAUAAAUAAAUAAGAAAAGGAUGAGAGGAGCUUCUGACGCUCAUUUUUUGUAAGAGACAAAAUGACGACAACAUUGAACUUAAAUAUCUCCCCCAAUGUGUGUUUAGUUAUAACCAAAAUGAACAAAACUUAAUUGUAAUAACCAAUCCAUUACCUUAUAGCAGUUUUGUACAAGCAGAGUUGUAUUAUGAGGUUCAGCGCAAUUAAGGAUUUUUAAAUAUGUUAACGAAAUUUACAUUUAAAUGAUGAUGUAGCAAAGAAAGAUUAAAAAUACAUAACAGCAAAUGAAUUUAUGUAAAAUUGACAAAAAGAAAAAGCAAAAAAAAAAGAAACUAAAAACCAAUCCAAAACAAAAAACGUUGUUUAGCUCAAGCGUAGUCUUGUAUUUUAUUUCUAGUACUUUUCUUUAGCUUAAGUCCUUGUAUUUGUUUAGUACAGGCAACAAAAAGACGCAGGAGAGCAAGCAAAAUGAGCACAGUGCAGACGCCAGCAUGAUUAUGAUUAAAAAAUAUGUAAGUUGUUGGAAAGGCAAGUAAGCGAGUAGAAUCAGAAAGCCAAUUCAAUUGUGUGUUCCAUAUAAUGCGGUAGCGGUUGUUAUGGGCGGGCACCUUUAUUCAUCAUUUUGAUUUUAUUUUUCAUUUCAAUUUUCAUUUAACCAAAAACAAAAAAAAAAAAAUGGUUAAUCAUUUCGGAAUGCACA